AUUGGCUCGGAGAUGUGGCUGGUUGCCGCUUCCCUGUGGGUCUAUGCGGCAUUCUGCCUGGUGACUAACGCGUUGGAAAUGAGGCUUAUGACGUCAUCGCAUCCGCCGACCAAUAGAAAACGCUCCCGCGGAGAGGUGUUCCGCCCCCUUCGACUGCGCUUCUUCACGCGCGUGAGCGAGCGCGAGCGCGCGGAGGGGGUGGGGGAAGUCGCGAGCGCGGUGGCGCGCAUGAGCGGCGGAGCUCCGCCCCCCUGCCUAUAUAUAAAGGGCUGGCGCGGGGCUCGGCGGCGCCAUUUCGCGCUGGAGUGGAGCAGCCUCUAGAACGAGCUGGAGGAUUCUGCCUACUUAUACAGAGCCUUCGAGUCGUCCGGGGCCGCCAUUACAAUCCACGUCCAUCCGCUUGGAAAUGGCCUUCGUCUCGGCCUAUGACCGGUCCCGGCGGACAGUACAGACCCCAUAGAAGCCCCCGAAGCUCCCCUUUUUCGAGCCCCGCCCAAGUCCUCGGAGUCUGUCCACCCCCUCUACUCCGCCCUCAAGAGGAUUUCAAAGAUGGAGGCGGCGGCUCCCUAAACCACUUUUCGUGUUCAUCCGCCUCCAUCCGAGAUCGAAACGGGACCUCGUCCGCGCCGGACGGUCCUGGCAGGAAGAGGGGAUCCUUGCAGACCAACGGCGGGCAAUAUUGACGACGGUGUCUGGGAUCGGGGACUGUCCUGGGGUUUGAAGAGUCCGUCCCCCUUCGCUCGCCCGCCUCAGCUGGGGCCGCCGCCAUUUUCUCGCUGUCCGCCUCCUGCGGAGCGCGCCAAGCUGCCGGGAGUUCUCCGAGAAACAGCGGAGGAGACUGCUCUCGUUCCGGCCCGGCGGGGGGGGGGCGGUUGUCGCCUGGAGGGCCGAGGGCAGCGGCCCCCGACCCCCCCCACUUCCCGGGUUAUGCUGGACUGGAAGGUAAGGGGAACCGAGGCCACCCGGACUUUCCGCGGCUGAGGGCAGCGCCGGUUCCCCGUGGUCAAGAUGCUGCAAAACGUGACUCCCCACAACAAGCUCCCUGGGGAGGGGAAUGCAGGGUUACUGGGACUGGGCCCAGAGGCAGCAGCGCCUGGGAAAAGGAUUCGAAAGCCCUCCCUGUUGUAUGAGGGAUUCGAGAGCCCCACAAUGGCUUCAGUGCCGGCUUUGCAACUAACCCCUGCCAACCCACCACCCCCGGAGGUGUCCAAUCCCAAAAAGCCAGGACGGGUUACCAACCAGUUGCAAUACCUGCACAAGGUGGUGAUGAAGGCUCUGUGGAAACAUCAGUUUGCAUGGCCCUUCCGGCAGCCUGUGGAUGCUGUCAAACUGGGUCUGCCGGAUUAUCACAAAAUUAUAAAGCAGCCUAUGGAUAUGGGUACUAUUAAGAGGAGACUUGAAAACAACUAUUACUGGGCUGCCUCAGAGUGUAUGCAGGAUUUUAAUACCAUGUUCACCAACUGUUAUAUCUACAACAAGCCUACUGAUGAUAUUGUCCUGAUGGCACAAACGCUGGAAAAGAUCUUUCUACAGAAGGUGGCGUCAAUGCCACAAGAGGAACAAGAGCUUGUGGUGACUAUCCCUAAGAACAGCCACAAGAAAGGGGCCAAAUUGGCAGCACUCCAGGGCAGUAUCACCAGUGCCCAUCAGGUGCCUGCUGUCUCUUCUGUGUCUCACACAGCCCUGUAUACUCCACCACCUGAGAUACCUACCACUGUCCUCAACAUUCCCCACCCAUCGGUCAUCUCUUCGCCCCUUCUCAAGUCCUUGCACUCCGCUGGACCCCCGCUCCUUGCUGUCUCUGCAGCUCCCCCAGCCCAGCCCCUUGCCAAGAAAAAAGGGGUAAAGCGGAAAGCAGAUACUACCACCCCUACACCUACAGCUAUCCUGGCUCCUGGCUCCCCAGCUAGCCCUCCCGGGGGUCUUGAGCCUAAGGCAGCACGGCUUCCCCCUAUGCGUAGAGAGAGUGGCCGCCCUAUCAAGCCCCCACGCAAAGACUUGCCUGACUCUCAGCAACAGCACCAAAGCUCCAAGAAAGGAAAGCUGUCGGAACAGUUAAAACACUGCAAUGGCAUUUUGAAGGAAUUACUCUCUAAGAAGCAUGCUGCCUAUGCCUGGCCUUUUUAUAAACCAGUGGACGCUUCCGCUCUUGGCCUGCAUGACUACCAUGACAUCAUUAAGCACCCCAUGGACCUCAGCACUGUCAAGCGGAAGAUGGAGAAUCGUGAUUACCGGGAUGCACAGGAGUUUGCUGCUGACGUGCGGCUUAUGUUCUCCAACUGCUAUAAGUACAAUCCCCCAGACCAUGAUGUUGUGGCCAUGGCACGAAAGUUACAGGAUGUAUUUGAGUUCCGUUAUGCCAAGAUGCCAGAUGAACCACUGGAACCAGGGCCUUUACCAGUCUCUACUGCCUUGCCCCCUGGCUUGGCCAAAUCAUCUUCAGAGUCCUCCAGCGAGGAAAGUAGCAGUGAGAGCUCUUCUGAGGAUGAGGAGGAGGAAGAUGAGGAGGAUGAAGAAGAGGAAGAAGAGAGUGAAAGCUCCGACUCCGAGGAAGAAAGGGCUCAUCGCUUGGCUGAACUACAGGAACAGCUUCGAGCAGUACAUGAACAACUGGCUGCCCUGUCCCAAGGCCCAAUAUCCAAGCCCAAGCGAAAGAGAGAAAAAAAAGAGAAAAAGAAGAAACGGAAGGCAGAGAAGCAUCGAGGCCGAGCCGGGGUUGAGGAAGAUGACAAAGGGCCUCGGGCACCUCGCCCAUCUCAGCCCAAGAAGUCCAAGAAAGCGAGUGGCAGUGGGGCUGGCAGCGUUGCUACCCUAGGCCCUCCUGGCUUUGGACCUUCUGCAGGAAGUAGCACCAAACUCCCCAAAAAGGCCACAAAGACAGCCCCACCUGCCCUGCCUGCAGGCUAUGAUUCAGAGGAAGAGGAAGAAAGCAGGCCCAUGAGUUACGACGAGAAGCGGCAGUUGAGCCUGGACAUCAACAAGUUGCCCGGGGAGAAACUGGGUCGAGUUGUACACAUAAUUCAAGCCAGGGAGCCCUCUUUACGUGACUCAAACCCAGAAGAAAUUGAGAUUGAUUUUGAAACGCUCAAGCCAUCCACACUUAGAGAGCUUGAACGCUAUGUCCUUUCCUGCCUACGAAAGAAACCUCGGAAGCCCUAUACUAUUAAGAAACCUGUGGGAAAGACAAAGGAGGAACUGGCUUUGGAGAAGAAGCGGGAACUAGAAAAGCGGUUACAAGAUGUUAGUGGGCAGCUCAAUUCUACCAAAAAGCCCCCCAAGAAAGCGAGUGAAAAAACGGAGACGUCAUCGGCACAGCAGGUAGCAGUGUCCCGCCUCAGUGCUUCCAGCUCCAGCUCGGAUUCCAGCUCCUCUUCUUCAUCUUCCUCUUCUUCAGACACCAGUGAUUCAGACUCAGGCUAAGGGGCCAGGCCAGAUGGGGCAGGAGGCUCCGCAGGACCGGACCCCUAGACCACCUUGCCCCACCUCUACUCUCCCUUUGCUGUGACACUUCCUCAUCUCACCCCCUCCCCCCACUGUAGGAGAGCUGGCUCUGCAGGGGGGAGGAAUGCAGGGACAAUUACUGAAGGAGGGACAUAAAUGGACAAAAUACAACUGCGUUCCCAGCCCCAUGGAGAGUGACCUCUUAGGCAUAGAGCCCCUAUUCAAAAUGACUGUGGUGGGGCAGGGGUAAAGGGUGGGAAUGGGCAAAGGCCCUGAUACAGGGUUACCUGAGGCCGUAGCUGCCCUGUUCACUUGUAAGGGCCCUGUUUUGAGGGAGGUUGUUCUAAUUUAUUUUAAGCUAGGUAAGGCCGAGGCAGGGUGGGGCCAUGGUCCCCUCAGCCUCCAUGGGGAGGGAAGAAGGCGUUCUUUUUUUACGUUGACUUUUUUUUUCUACUGUUUUCCCUUUUGCUUCUCCAUUUGGGGCCCCUGGGGGUUUCAGUCAUCUCCCCAUUUGGUCCCUUGGAUUGUCUUUUCUUUGUCUGUUGAUUCUAACUUGUAAAUAAAGAAAAUAUUAUUCAA